CUUAAUACUUUCAUUAUCCAAACGGCCAUAAACUUGCGCCUGAAACUUGACAGCGUGCAGAUGAGGAGAGCCGGAUUCUCUUUUUCCCCAAAGAAUCCGAUCGGCAAAUAGCCUGCAAGGCGUCCCAAUCCGUGCGAGAGAGAAGCGUCGGCACGGUAAUGGAAGAACAAUCGAAAACGCGGAAGCCAAACCCUAAACCUAGAACCAACACUUCGAAGACUAGUUGUGCCUAUGAUAACGGUCAUAACAAGAAGCAGAAGAAGAGCGAGUACGAGUUCUGCAAGGUGUGCAAUCUGAACCACGACCAGGGCCAGCGCCACAAGUACUUCCCCAGUCACAAGACCUCCCUCUCUACCUUCCUCUCUCGGUUCCAAUCCAAGCUUUCUGAUGUCCGUUUUUUCCUCAAGAAUCCCUGCCCUCUCCCCUCCGACCUCGCCUCUCGCAACCGCCUCUGGUGCGUUUUUUGCGACAGCAACAUCGACGAGCUUGGUUGCACCUUUGCUUGUUAUAAUGCAAUUAAUCAUCUAGCGAGUGCGGAUCAUCUCAAGAAUUUGAAGCAUUUUCUAUGGAAAUAUGGUGGUGCGGUGGAUCACUUGGAUACUUUUAGGAUUUCAGAAGCUGACGUAGCUAAGUGGGAGAAGAAGUGCAAAUCUUUGAGAAAUGAUGAUGUACUGUCUACUGAAGGACCUAUAGGACCAGUGCUUGGACCUUCACAUGAUAUCCACAAUGAACUCAACUAUGGAAAUAUUGAUAGUUUUGAAAAUUGUAGUAUCCAAUCUGUUAAAUCAAGUCAUUCAAAUGGUGUUAUGCCUUUACAGUGUUAUACGAAUGAGUAUCAGGUAUCCCAUUCAGGACGCUCCGAAGUUCCAAAUGUUGGAAUGUUUGAGUAUGAUGCUCAAUCUUCUUUACCUGCAGAGACACGCUCUGGUAAAAAAUUUUCAGAAUUGAUGGAUUUUAGAGUUAACAGGAAUAGCCAAUAUUCUCUCCUUUUUGACACAAAAUGCUCAGCCGAUGGAUAUUUCAGUAAUGAAAGGACGUAUCACGUGCUGGAGGAUCAAGGGAUUGUAAAAGGAGAGAGCAGUUUUGAAGGUUUGCAAAAUCUCACAAGAAUUUCUACCUUGGCUGCUGACAAGGCUGAUAAUGUGCAUUCUGGAGCUCCUCCUCCAUGGUUUGAAGCAACUGAAGAAAGUCAGAUCAAUGUUCAACAAAGCCCCACAGUAGGCAGCCUUAUGUCCCUAAAUAAGUCAGGGAAGUCCAAAAAAUUGAACCCGAAACGGGUUGGAGCUGUUUGGGCAGAAAAGAGAAAGAUUGAGCUUGAGAUGGAGAAAAGAGGAGAGAUUGUCAAUAGUGACUGCACUGCUAACUGGCUUCCUAACUUUGGUAGAGUAUGGCAAUCUGGUAGCCGAAAAGAAUCUAGAAAAGAGUUUGAGAUGGAGAAACAAGAAUUUAUCAAGCCUGAAAGUAAAUCUGAGAUGCCAGUUAAGAUACAACCUUACGUCAGCAAGCGAAUGGUGAGCUCCAAAUUUUUGCAUGCCACUUUCGAAGAGAAGCAGGUGAAUGAUCAUAUUGGAGACACAAAUGACAAAUGUUGCGGGCCUGGUGGCUGUCAUGUUAGAGAAUCACUGCAUAUCUUGCCAUUAUACUUGCAGUAUAGAUUGUUGGCAUCCUACCUGGUGCCUCUGGUGUAUCUCCACUCGGUCCAUCCACCACUAUCACAUCCCACUUGUGCUGGUAUACUUCUUGCGGUAGAUUUUUCAAUGCAAGCUUGCAUGUUGAUCCCCGAAGCGGUCCUGAGCUAGGUGCACAGGCUGGAUCCUGUCUUGCUUGUUUGAGCAGCUUGUAAGCCUUGUUUCCAGGUAUCUGAUAAUCAACCUUGUACGUUCUAGUGCUAUUUGAAUUUGUUUUGAUUGUGCUUAGAUCGUUAAUCUCAUCCUCUAGAAAGAUGGUGGUGCCACCUGCAUUGAUCUGCGAGAGGUUCAGAUAUUGGUAUGCAAACCCAAAGAUAAGCAGGUUGCAGGGGGCCUUGUUGAUAAUAAGAUUUGAUAGGAGCAGAAAUUCCUUUUCUGUGAGGGUGCUGGCAUUGGCAGAGGUUUUUAGCUGAUUUGUUGAGGAGCCUGGUGAAUUUUUUGGACUGUCGAUGCAUGGGGGAGAAAGGCAUGUGUGGUGAACAAUAGUGGGUAAAGUAGGCUUUGAAGAGGAACUGGAUGCAUUAGUGAUUGUGAUCAAAAGAAAUCUGAUGAUGGAGAAACUUGAUAAGAUCAUGAGGAGGACUGGGAUAACUUUCUUUACGGCGAUGUUCAUUCUUUUCCGUCCUCUGCAAUAUUUGUAAAUAAUGGGUAGAUUGUGUUGUGCCUCAGGCAAGAGUGCAGGAGAAAACUGAACAAGAGGAGUUACAAGAGAGCGGCAAUGAAGCACUUCUGGGGCAUUGUUUCAGCAGUAGCACAGCUACCAGCACCCCCUAUCCUCUUAACAGGUCAGUUGGGGGGUUUUUUUUUAUGACUCGGGGUUGUUAAAUCUAAUGGAGCCCCCUUGGUAUCUUCUUGAGUGACAAGGAAGGAAACGGUUUGCUUUUGUUUCAAGUGUUGUAUUUUUCUCUUUUUAUUUAUGAGUUGUCACCUAAUUCCUGUGGUGUUUGCAGUAUAUUUUGCGAAUUGGAAAUAUAAAUUAAAUUAUAAACUGCGUGCGUGUAUCCAUUUGAAAAAGAUGGGUGAAGAAGAUUGGCGUUUCAAUCA